CCUGAUGGAAAUAUCAUGACAAGACUUGGUGCUCCUAGCACCCCAGAACCUCGCUCACUAAACCUCUCUGGUGCCCUGCAGAACCCCAACCUCCGGGGUGCCUCUUUCCGCCUACCCUCAUAUGCAGUAGUGUCACCCCAGGUACAGGGAUCUGGCCCUGAUCAGCACUGGGCACAGGGCCAUGGAGUAGAAGGUCUGGGACUGCAGCAAGAUGUGGAUGUGUGGGGUGCAGAGAGAUUACUGCCUCAUGGAACAGUGCAGAACCUCAAUAAGUGGUCAAUGUACAGAGAUGGGGAGCUGCUGGAUCCCCACAGUCUGAUGGGGCAGGGACAAGUGGGACAUGAUCGAGGGGAGUGGAAUCUCAGCAGGGAGGGGGAACCACAGGGACAAUGGUAUGACAAGAUGUACUCUAUCAGAAGCCUUCCCACUGUGGCUCAGCAUGAGCAACGAGAGGAAGAUGGAGUGGAAGACAUGACACAGCUUGAGGAAAUGCAUGAGGGGGCUGUCCUGCUGAACCUGAGGCAGAGAUAUGAGCGGGAGCUUAUUUAUACGUACAUCGGUAGUAUUCUGGUGUCUGUAAACCCCUACAAGAUGUACAACAUCUACGGGACGGACGUGGUGCUGCUGUACAAGGGUCGUGCUCUGGGAGAGAACCCUCCGCAUUUGUUUGCCAUAGCAAAUGCUGCUUAUUCCAAAAUGAUGGAUGCCAAACACAACCAGGUCAUAAUAAUCAGUGGGGAGAGCGGAUCUGGGAAAACAGAGGCCACCAAACUAGUCCUUCGCUACCUUGCGGCAAUAGAUCACAAAUGCAAUCUUUCGCAACAGAUUGAGAUACUCGAGGCAGCUCCUCUCCUGGAAUCCUUUGGAAAUGCCAAAACUGUACGGAACGAUAAUUCCAGUCGCUUUGGGAAAUACAUAGAGGUCUUUCUGGAAGAUGGUGUAAUCAGUGGUGCCAUAACCUCUCAGUAUCUACUGGAGAAGUCUCGUAUCGUCUUCCAGGCCAAAGAUGAGAGAAACUAUCACAUCUUCUACGAGAUGCUGGCAGGUCUUCCCUCGCAGCAGAGGCAGGCUUUCUAUCUCCAAGAGGCUGAGACCUACUAUUACCUCAACCAGGGAGGGGACUGUGGGAUAACAGGAAAGAAUGAUGCAGAUGACUUCCUGCGUCUGCUUGCUGCCAUGGAGAUCCUCCACUUCACCCCUGAAGACCAGUCGGCCAUCUUUAGAGUUCUUUCUUCCAUACUGCACCUGGGCAAUGUCUACUUUCAGAGACAUGAGGCUGAUGGCCAGGAGGUGGCGUCAGUGGUGAGCGCUCAGGAGAUCAGAGUUGUGGCAGAGCUGCUGCAGAUCUCCCCGGAGGCACUACAGAAAGCCAUCACCUACAAAGUCACAGAGACAAUGAGGGACAAGAUCUUCACGCCAUUGACCGUGGAAAGUGCUGUUGAUGCCAGAGAUGCUGUUGCCAAGAUCCUCUACUCGCUGCUCUUCCACUGGUUGACAGAGAGGAUCAACGCUCAGGUGUACCCCCGCCAACACGCCCUCUCCAUCUCCAUCCUGGACAUUUACGGAUUCGAGGAUCUGGCCUUCAACAGCUUUGAGCAGCUUUGCAUCAAUUAUGCAAACGAGUACCUGCAGUUCUUCUUCAACAGGAUCGUGUUCAGGGAAGAACAGGAGGAGUACAAUCGGGAACAGAUCCCCUGGCAGGACAUCCCAUUCAGUGACAACCAGCCCUGCAUUGACCUCAUUGCUGCUAAGCCUCAUGGGAUAUUGAGGAUUCUGGAUGACCAGAGCUGUUUCCCACAGGCGACAGACCACACUUUCCUCCAAAAGUGUCACUAUCACCACGGCAACAACCCACUGUAUCUGAAGCCAAAGAUGCCCCUCCCAGAGUUCACCAUCAAGCACUUUGCUGGUCGGGUCACCUAUCAGGUUUACAAGUCCCUCGAUAAGAACUAUGACCAGGUUCGUCAGGAUGUCCUGGACCUGUUCAUUCAGAGCAAGAACAAGAUGGUGUCAAAACUGUUCCUGGUUCACGCAGAGGUGACGGGUCAGCAGCGAGGUCACAUGAGGAAGAGCAGCACGGUCACGAGGAGAUACCAAGCUCCCACCGUCAGCAACAAGUUCCAGCAGUCGCUGCUAGAGCUGGUGGAGAAGAUGGAGAGGUGCAACCCUUUUUUUGUUCGCUGCAUUAAGCCAAAUAAUAUGAAGCAACCAGGUGUGUUUGAGGACGACCUGGUCAGCAGCCAGCUGAGACACUCAGGCGUCCUUGAGACCAUUCGGAUCCGUAGAGAGGGGUAUCCUGUCAGAAUGCCAUUCUACGUCUUCCUGUUCAGGUAUAAGUCCCUGGUGGGCAUACGAGAGCCUCCAGCGGCUAAUGGAGAGAACUGUGUGAUCAUGCUCAGUAAACUCUGUCCUCUGAGACCAGGAGCCUUCCAUGUCGGAGUCACAAAGCUCUUUCUGAAGGAGGACAUCUACCAGCUGUUGGAGUGUAAACGGGAGCGCACCCGUACACUUGCCGCCCUCACCCUGCAGCGUUACACCCGCAUGUUCUUCGUGAGGAAACGCUUUAUAGCCUUCCGCAAGAAGAUCAUCGGGCUGCAGGCGCAGUGCAGAGGCUUCCUCAUGAGGAAGCGCUAUGUGAAGAUGAGGGAGAGUCUGGUCCGGUUCCGCUCUCUUGUCCACAUGUACGUCAACCGCAAGCGAUACAUCAAGAUGAAGUUUAAUGCCCAGAGGAAGGCUGAAGAGGAAAGGAGGAGGAGAGAGAUGGAGCUGACCAAGAGGGAGGUGGUGAAUGUCACACACUUGGUGAUCCCUGCAGAGCUGGGCGCAUUACUGCAGACAGCAGGAGUCAGGAGGGAGUUGCACUCGGACUGUUUGGCUCUGCUUCAGGCGCCUCACAUCCAAGAAGACGCUCAGCUCACUCUGCCUCUGGACAUCAACAACUACCCGUUCUACCGCUACGUACAGAUCUACUUCAGGGAACCAAAGUUUGGGAUGCUGAUGGCACCUCUGGAGUCACCGCUGACCCGUGUAGAGGACGACCUGAGAGAAGAAGCUCUGGAGCUCUUCAUCAUGGUGUUACGAUUCAUGGGGGACCCUCACCUGAACGGAGCACAGGAGAACAUGUUUGGGAAUUACAUCAUCCAGAGGGGCCUGCUGUCUCCAGGGCUACGGGACGAGAUCCUGGCUCAGGUUGUCAACCAGGUGUGGAGGAAUGUGAACACUGACAACGCCGAGCGAGGCUGGCUGCUGCUGCUGGCCUGUGUCUGCAGCUUCGCCCCGUCGCCCAAGAUGGACAAAUAUCUACUGAAGUUUGUAUCGGACACCGGCCCUCCUGGCUGCCAGGCAUUGCUGCAACACAGACUCAUCCAAGCCAAUCAGAAGAUGCAGCUCGGCUCAGGCUCCGUCUCUGAGACUGCGCGGACCUAUCCACUAUCGCUGCUGGAGUGGACGGCUAACAGGAAAAAGGCUAACAUGGUGUUGCACGUGCACUGUUUUGAUGGAGGCUCCUUCCUGUGUCCGGUCCACUCCUGGACCAGUGGAGAGGAUUUGGCUGGAAACAUACUGCGCCACAGGGGAGUGUCCGACGGGUGGAGGGGGAGUUCAGUCCUGAUGAAGGAGCACGGCCAGUGGGUGGAGUUAGCGGGUCACGACUACGUGAUGGACCUGAUUUCAGACCUGGAGCUUCCGCCUGAAUUCCCAAAGCAGAAGAGCUACUUUGUCAUCAGCACCGACGACCCUUCCAAAGUCCGAGCUAACGCCAGCCUUGCUUUGUUUGGCAGUGGUUUUGACUCAGAUGAGGAGCUUCCUCACGCCUUACCUCUCAGUAGCAGCAGCAGACCAGCCUACAGUCUGCCUGACUCUGACGGCUACUUCAGCCACGAGUCGGAUGCGUUCAGUGACGCUCAGAAUCAGAGAGGGAUGGACCGCUACCUGGACAGUCUGUUCGACCCUGUGCUGUCAGACAGCAGCAUGGACAUGGAAAAGACUGGAAGUUUGUCGGCCAGGAUGAAGGGAGGAGGAGGUAUAGGCAUCACAGGAGAAGGAAGAGGAGAGGGGGAGAGUCAUUCGGCCCCCAGUCGGCCUUAUCCACCUGGAAUACACCCCGGAGGAUCAGAGCAGACUGUACUGACUCAGCAGCAACAGGCCAUCAUCAACCAGCAAGCGAUCAUUCUGGCCCAGCAGAUGACCAUGCAGGCCAUUGCGAUCCAGCAGCAGAUGUUGUCAUCCUUCCCCCCCGUCGCCCCGGCCCCCCAAUCACCCCCCUCACAGCAUCACCACCCACCCAUCGCUACCAGAGAUAGUGAGCAGUCGCCAUACAAGCCUGCUGCUGCUCAACGAAAAAUAAGUCCGACACGUGGCCCCCCUCCUGAUGAUGUUGUCCGAUCCAGUCCGACGAACACGGAGCGCCUGGAUCCCAGCCAUGACAUCAAAGACACCAUCAAAAAGCACCAGCCUGCCGCCGCGACAACUUCUUCGGGAGCUGCAGCGCAACGGAAAGGUGAUGGAAAGAUGUUUGCGAAGAAGCCAGACCCACAUGAUGAAGCAAUGGAGAUCCUUAAAGAUCAGAUGGCGAACCCACCACAACCGAGUCAAAAGAAGCCUCAAUCCUUCCAUCUUAAAGAAGAAGGAGGACUCAAGGCCUCCAAGACCAUCAAGUCUCGCCCUCCGGGGCCAAAUAGCUCCAACAUAAGCCCCGCCCCUCCUCCAGUCUCCAGAGAGCUGCCUGUAGAGGAGGAGAUCAUUCAGACUCAACUCCACAGCAGGACCAGUGAUGAAUAUUACACCUACUCCAACGUCCCCUGGAAGCUCUACAUGAGGAAAGAGGUUUUCUAUCCCAAAGAGACCUUCAACAAUCCAUUGAUCCUGGAUCUGAUCUUCAGACAGAUUGUACAUGAUACCUUCUCAGAGGCCUGCAUCCGCAUCACACAGGAGGAGAGACAGAAGAUGAAAACUUUAUUUGCUGAGAACCAGGUGGAUCAGGUUUCAGGAACACAUGAUGAGAACGUGAAGAAGAAAGUGGCCGCCAUGGCCAGAGACUCGUGGGACAUUUACUUCUCUCGUCUCUUCCCAGCCUCUGGCAGUGUGGGGACCGGAGUGCAGGUGUUAUCUGUGUCUCAUAAAGGCAUCAAGCUGCUGAAGAUGGUGAGGAGCAGCUCUGCCGUUCCAGACUACUUCAGAGUUCUGAGGCCUUACAGCUACUCGGACAUCCUGUUUGUGUCGAUCCCGUCCAAGAACAUGCUGGAGUUCAACCUGACCAACGAGAAGCUGAUCCUGUUCUCGGCCAAGGCCCCGCAGGUCAAACACAUGAUCGACCACUUCCUCACGGAGCUUAAGAAGGACUCAGAGUAUAUGGUGGCGGUGAGGAACUACAUCACUGAAGAUAGGAGUCUGCUCAACUUCCACAAAGGAGACAUCAUCAGGCUGCAGCACAUGGACGGGCUGGAGGCCGGCAAAUAUUACGGCUGCAUAGUGAGGAAGAAGGUCAUGCUUCUGGAGGAGCUGAAGAGAGACACUCCUGAGUUUGGCUGGCGGUUCGGGGCCGUGUACGGAAAAUCGGGAGUGUUUCCCAGCGAGUAUGUCCGUCCCGUCGCUGCCCCUGACUUCCUGGUUCUCCCCGCCGAGCGCGUGGAGCCUCGAGACAGACAGGGACGAGUCGCUGCAUCUGCUGCUGUCGCUGUGGCGAUGGGCUCGGCCAUAGCUGCCCAUGAGCUUGACCUCUCCACAGAGGUAGUACAUGAAAUGUAUGGCGACAGUGUGAGCGUCGAACUGGAUGAACUGCCCCUGCACGGCAGCCAGUACCACAUGGCUGAGUUUGCCAAGAAGUACUUCAGAGAGGCACAGAGGAGCAGAAGUGAUCAGAAAGCCAAAAAGGGGAAGGAGGGGAGGGACCCCGUUGACAUGGUCAAAUUCUCUAAGUCUCCGAUCCAGGAGUCUCUGAUCGACUUCUCCGACAGCGGGAUGAACAGAGUGGCUGCUGACAUCUUCUUAGCCAUAAUGAAGUUCAUGGGAGACUUCCCACUGAAGGGUCAGACUGAGCAGGAUCUGGUUACAAAUAUACUGAAGUUAAGUGGCGAGCACGGCCUCAUAAAGGAUGAAACCUACUGCCAGGUGAUGAAGCAAGUCACUGCCAACACCAGCUCCAAACCGGACAGUUGUCAGAGAGGCUGGAGGCUGUUGUACAUCCUGACGGCUUUCCACCGCUGCUCCGACGUCAUGAAGCCGUUUCUGUUGAAGUUUCUGCAGGACGCCUGUGAAAGCCCCGGGAUGCAGUACCAAGGUAUUGCCAAGGCGUGUGAGCAGAAUCUGAGGAGGACUUUUCAAUAUGGCGGACGCAUACAGUAUCCAAACAGCAUGGAGCUCAAAGCGAUGCUGGCUGGGCGGAGCUCCAAGAGACAGCUGUUCCUGCUGCCAGGUGGGAUCGAAAGGCACUUGAAAAUCAAGACAUGCUCCGUUGCUUUGGAUGCCAUCGAGGAGCUUUGCUAUGAGAUGGGGCUGCAAAGGGCGGAAGCUUUGGAUGAAUACGCCAUCUUUUUGGUCACACACAGAGGUCAGAAUGUUCGCCCCCUUAACAAGCGUGAGUACAUCCUGGACAUUGCGACAGAGGCAGAGCCGGUGGACACCAACUACAGUCUGUGGUUCAGGAGAGUCAUAUGGAGUCUGGCUCUCAAACUUGACAACGAACUCUAUGUCACUAUGCACUAUAAUCAGGUGUUGCCGGACUACCUGAAGGCCUUGCUGAGCGUGGUUCCUCAGGGUAAGGCCAGUGACCAGCAUCUGCAGCAGAUUGCCAGACUGGCUGCCCUACAGCACCGUGCCAAGGACACCAUCUACCUGCCUACCCUUCGUGAGGUGCAGGAGUGCGUCCCCCCACCGUUCUACGGUAAACAGGGCUCACAGCCGUGGCUGAAUAUGACGACUCAGCACAUGCAGCAGGUGCAGCCUUUAAACCCACACCAGGCCCGCGCACAGUUCCUCGGUCUGGUCAGUGCCUUUCCCAUGUUCGGCUCCUCCUUCUUCUACAUCCAGAGUUGUAGCUCCGCCUCCAUCCAAGCUCCCUGCAUCCUGGCUGUAAAUCUGAAUGGGCUGCACUUUCUCAACAAGGAUACUCACGAAGCCAUGGUGCGUUUCCCCUUGAAGGAGGUCCAGUCAACUCGCACCCAGAGACCAACCUCAGGCUCCAGUUAUCCAUAUGUGGAGAUCAUGAUAGGAGACCUGCUCAACCAGCGCAUCACACAGCUACAGCUGGAGCAGGGCCUGGAGCUAUGCCGAGUCAUUGCCAUGCACAUGGAGAACAUGUUGUCAGUCAGAGAAAAGAGACUCACUUUGCCACCAAGUGAAAUCACCCUGCUAUAGCACAAACAUGCACACACAGAUAAAUCCCACUUUAUUAAUGUACUGUAUCUACCUCUAUUUUAAAAGCAGAAUAUUUUCAUAUGUAAAGGUAAUGUUUCUGUAAUGUGAUGAAUGUAUAGCGAUGAUGUUGAUGACACAAUUCGGGAUGCAUUUAGCGACAGUUAUCUUCUUCAUUAAUUGUUUGGCCUAUAAAAUGUCAAGGAAGACGACAAAAUCACACAUUUCCCACAGCCAAGGUGUCAUGUUCAAAUUACUUUUGUUCAAACAAUAUCCCAAAACCCAAACAUAUUAUAAUAAAAUAAGCAAAUAUUCACUAUGUCAGUGCAGACCUGCACAUGUGCAUACAACACAUACCACUGAACUUAAUGCAUUCAUGUGACCAUGAUGCUAUGUAUGAGGAACCUGAGAAUCAGAUGUAAAUAAAUGUCCUUUCACAAGGAACUCAUUAAUAUUUUGACCUUUUUAAGCCAAAACUGUUCAAGAUCAUGCAUGCCAUGGCUGCUUUACAGGGCCGGGACUAUUAUGCCUCUAUAAUUUACUUUAAUUUUCCCAGAUCAGAGGAAUUCUGUGAUUUGAUCUUAUGGCAACAUUAAAAAAUGCGGUCUUGCAUUGAGGGUAGGAACCCCUGCUGUUGCUGGCUCUGUGCAAAGUGCGAAACUGAAAUGAA